GUGCUGCUGGCUAAGAGGUUCGGUUGAGCGUGUGCCAUGGACCCAGCCGCCCGGUGAUAUUGACAAUAGGAGAGAGAGAAAGGGGCAUUGACUGGGACCCACCGCGGGUAGCGAACGGCGGCUCUGGCAGCGGCGGCUCCUGCUUCAGCGGCUCCUCCUCCUCCUCCUCCCGACUCCUCUGCCUGCUGCCGCUGCAGAUCCAGUCUUCCUCCCUCCCUUCCCCCCCUCCCCACGUCGCCGCCGCCGCCGCCGCCGCCGCCGCUGGGUCCGGGGCUACGAGCUGAGGCGCCGCCCGCCGGGAAUGUGAGCGAGGAGCCACCGGCGGAGCCGCAACGGUGUCGGUGCCGAUUUGAUGGGACGGGCCCGCGGGGGAGGAUCGUGAGGCCGCCGCCGCCGCCGCUGCCGCCGGAGCGCUGAGGUUCGGGUCCGGCCCUGAGGCCUAGAAGCGCCGCCACCGCGGAACCGGAGGGACGCCGCACCGGACAGCCGUCGCCCCGGGCUCCCCGCAGCUGCCCGGACCUCCCUCCUCCCUGCACCUCCCUGUUCCACCGCUCGCCCCCUCCGCGGCCCCUUCGCCCUUCUCCCGCCCCUCGAAACCACAGAUCAUCUUUGGAUUCUUCCCCAGAAGCUUCAAGUAGGGAUAUGUCCUCAGCACCAACUACUCCUCCAUCAGUGGAUAAAGUAGACGGAUUUUCUCGGAAGUCCGUCAGAAAAGCCAGACAGAAGAGGUCACAAAGUUCCUCACAGUUUAGGUCUCAAGGCAAGCCUAUUGAAUUAACACCUCUGCCGCUGCUAAAAGACGUUCCAACCUCAGAGCAGCCUGAACUGUUCCUAAAGAAACUUCAGCAGUGCUGUGUCAUUUUUGACUUCAUGGACACGCUAUCUGAUCUUAAAAUGAAAGAAUACAAGCGCUCCACUCUUAAUGAACUGGUGGACUACAUUACAAUAAGCAGAGGCUGUUUGACAGAGCAGACUUACCCUGAAGUAGUUAGAAUGGUAUCUUGCAAUAUAUUCAGAACUCUCCCUCCUAGUGACAGCAAUGAAUUUGAUCCAGAAGAAGAUGAACCUACCCUUGAGGCAUCGUGGCCACAUUUACAGCUUGUAUAUGAAUUUUUCAUACGAUUUUUGGAAAGCCAAGAAUUUCAACCCAGCAUUGCCAAAAAAUACAUAGAUCAGAAAUUUGUAUUACAGCUUUUGGAGCUAUUUGACAGUGAAGACCCUCGGGAACGAGACUACUUAAAAACAGUUCUACACAGAAUUUAUGGCAAGUUUCUUGGUCUUAGAGCAUUUAUCCGAAAACAGAUUAACAAUAUUUUUCUAAGGUUUGUUUAUGAAACAGAACACUUCAAUGGUGUAGCUGAACUUCUGGAAAUAUUAGGAAGUAUUAUCAAUGGCUUUGCUUUACCUCUUAAGGCAGAACACAAACAGUUUCUGGUGAAAGUGUUGAUCCCUUUACACACUGUCAGGAGCUUAUCACUCUUCCACGCCCAGUUGGCAUAUUGUAUAGUCCAGUUUCUGGAGAAAGAUCCUUCACUCACAGAACCAGUUAUUAGGGGAUUAAUGAAAUUUUGGCCUAAAACAUGCAGUCAAAAAGAGGUCAUGUUCCUUGGGGAGCUGGAAGAAAUUUUGGAUGUGAUUGAACCUUCACAAUUUGUUAAAAUUCAAGAACCUUUGUUUAAACAAAUUGCCAAGUGUGUAUCUAGUCCCCAUUUUCAGGUGGCAGAAAGGGCACUCUAUUAUUGGAAUAAUGAAUACAUCAUGAGUUUGAUAGAAGAAAACUCUAAUGUCAUCCUUCCCAUCAUGUUUUCCAGUCUUUAUAGGAUUUCAAAAGAACAUUGGAAUCCGGCUAUUGUGGCGUUAGUGUACAAUGUGUUGAAGGCAUUUAUGGAAAUGAACAGCACCAUGUUUGAUGAGCUGACAGCCACGUACAAGUCAGAUCGUCAGCGUGAGAAAAAGAAAGAAAAAGAGCGUGAAGAAUUAUGGAAAAAAUUGGAGGAUCUGGAGUUAAAGAGAGGUCUUAGACGUGAUGGGAUAAUUCCAACUUAACAAAAAUAUGACAGCAACAUUACUAACCUGUGGAGUCACAUUUAUGUAGUAGAAGAUGGAGCAACAGUUUUCUGUAUUGUGCAACUUUACAGUAGAUUUCACAUUUGUUUCAUUAUUACAACAGCACUGUAUAUACCUGUCUGUAAGUAAAGGAAAAAAAUAAGGACUUCAAUCCAAAGUUUGGACAGUAGAUGGACUUCUCAGAACUUUGCAAACAUAAUCAUUGUUCUAACCCUCUUAUAAAAAAAAAAAAAAAAGCAGUCUUCAAAGAUCUGUUGAUGAAAUUGCUAUGUUAAAAUUCCAUUAUCAGGAGUUCUUAUUUAUCACUAGCAGAGAGUAUGAUACAAUUUUCAAAUGUGAACAAUCUUAAAUUUAGCUUGUCUUUCUGCUAAGCUGUUAAAUGUAUUUAUAGUAAAGGAAGAAAAAAAAAGACUGUCAUUUCCUUAUAAGUUUGUAUAACAUCUUCCUCUGGAUAACUUGACUGUAAUUUGACAUUUUUCCUUUUGCACAUCUUCAUGAGUUGAAUGUCCAUGUGGAAUGGGACCCUGAAUUUUAAAGGUCCCAGAUGAAAGUUUUGUCUGCUGGGGUGAACAUCUUUCCAGUAACCAGGUAGUCCUGGUACUCCUUUAGUUUUAAAAUUAGGAGUAAAAAGAGAAGAGGUGAUAAAGAUAGUAGGGAAGGGAAUUUUGGAUUCAUGCAUCAGUUUAUGGUGAAUCCAAAUCAAUGUCUUGAAUCCUUUGAAAACAGGCACUGGGACAUCACAGGCUUCAGUACCUGACCAGUAUUAGUUGUAUACAUCAUUGAACAUAAUAUACCAGAGACAUUUUAGAAAUGUCAGAAAGACAUCCUUUUUGGACCAUAUGAAAUAAAGACAAACACUAAACAAUAAAACCAUGAAAUUGAUCGCCAGGAUUGCGAAUCUAAUUGGGAAAAGAGUUGAGCAAACAGCUUGGACUGUUUGGAGUUGUUGCCUUACUUUUUAAUAUGUAUUUAUAAAGUAUUCCAGCAAAAGAGGAUGUAGCCUCUGGAAAAAAAACAAACAUGUUACAGUGUUUUUUGUAGAUUCUCGUUCUAUAUCUCAUCACAGCGCCAGCCCUGUUUUUAGCCGGAAAGGAUUCAGGAUAAACAUUAUGCAUUCUGAAUUGGAUGCUUAUUCCUAACUACUGUAUUUGUUACCAAAAGUGGUUCUACAAAUGCUACUGAAAAAAAGCUGGAAAUUCCUAAUGUCCUGAGUAUUAAUAAUAAAGUUUAAAAAUGCUUUUAUAUCAAAGGUGCAUCGUGACCAAAUUGUUUGAGAAAAAAACAAAAAACAAAAUCUAGGGCUGUAUUAUAGAUAGAUCUUAUUGGCUCUCUGCUUUGUAUUAAAAGAAGAAUCUUACAACUUGGGUAGGUAAAUUGCUGAUAAAACUUGUGUACAUCAUGUACUUACCUAAUGUGGUUGCAUUAUUAUAUAUGAAAAGAUAUGUUUUAUGAUUCAUUUCUAGGAUGCUUUUGCUUUUUAUGGACAUGGCAGCAGUGAGUUGAUAAUCUUAAAUCAUCAUUUCCAGCAGUGUUCAUGAUACAGAGCUCAUCCUCUGUUCAUAUGUUAAGUUGUGAUAGUAGCAAACACGAACAUAUGAACUAUUGUUGCUCUCAGUAGAAAUACAAUAUAAAUAUGGGCUUGUAUAUUUUCUUCCUUCCAUUGAAAUAUAAAGUAGAAUAUACAGUUUUAUUGUUUCUAAGAAAAAGGGAAAAAAAUAGCCGCUGACCUUUCUCCCCUAUGAAAUGUUUCCACAUUAUUAGGUCAUUGUGUGUACAUAAAAGUCAGCUGAUUAUGAAUAUUAUCAUCUAGGUAAUUGUAAAAAAAAAGUGAAUCAAAAACAAAAUUUGGCGUUGUUAUUCCUAAAAACAAACAGCAGUAAAAAAAAAAAGUCAUAUGCAUCACCAACACAACAUGGUUUAAUGGAAUGGAUAGUUUUUAAAAUUUUUUUUAAACAAACAAAAAGGAACAUUGAUGGGGAUUCAGUAUAAUGUUGGCAGAGGCUGCCCAAAAUGAAACAACUUGCUUCAACAGUGUUGGAACAAAGGUGCAAGUUCAAAUACUAAUUAUAAAAAUAAAUUUAUAACAAAUCUUUUCUUUAGCCCUUUUGGUUUUAGCCCUUCCCAGUUUUGACUCUGCAUUACAGUUAUUUUUUACGUGUAAACUUUUAUUUGCCAUUAAUUCAUCUUUUAGAUGGAAGGCAUUAAAAUCACAGGUUUAUGAAGAAUCUCUGCCCAUCAGAAUGAAAUGAGAAAGCCUAGUUUUCCUUUUUGCACCUUACCCUGCCCUCAGAGUUGAGGUGAAUAUGACCCAGCUAUCCUUGGUGUCAGUUUUGUAUGUUGAUCAUUCCAAAAUGAGAAGAAUAAAGCCAAGUUUUAGACAUAUAUAAAGAAGCAAUUAGAGCUACCUGUUGAAAAUUAAUAGGGCAACUUCUGAGAAGAAACACUGUCUUUUUUUUUUUUUUUUUAAACUGAAAGUGACAAUGUGACAUUUGUCAUGUUGUGUGCAGUGACACGGAGUAAUUUAGGUAAUCUGACUGUUGCACUAUGUGACAUAUUUAAGGACGUACUUGCUGCAUUUGCAGCAGCCCUCUCUCUGUCCCUUCCCGCAAUUCUGCUGUUGCUGCAACUUGAGUUAAUUGUGACAAAUGCAUCUUUGUGUUAUAUUUUGUUUGCUUCAUAGUUUUCAGAACUAUAUAUAAAUAUAUUUUUUAAAUAGCAAAUAUUUGUCGUUAGUGAGUGAUGAUCACUCCAACCUUAUCCCUACCAUAUUGGUUUCAGGGGUAGGAGUAAGAGUGUCCUUGGAAGAAAAAAUAUACACACAACCCUGUGGUUUAGAAUGAUGCUGAGGCCUUAGGCUGUGGGCCCAGAACAAUUAUGUGAGUGAAGUGACCCAUCUCCUUUGAAUCAAGCAUGCAUUCCUUUUUCUUAUUGUACAAGUGUCCCCAGUUGUUCGCCUUCAGUGUUUAGUUUUUGUCCUUUUCAAGUUUGUUAUAUUUUGCUCUCCCUAACAUCUGUUUUUUAAUAAAAGAAAAAAAUUAAAAAAAUAAAUAAUACCCUUGAUGCCGCUGGAUACUCACAAGCAGGGUUAAGCUCCUUCAUCUUGGGCUUCUUUGCCUAAAUGGAAGGAUUUCAUUGAUUUUGUACCUCCUCCUAUGCGUGGGGCAUUCCAGGGUGCAGAGCCAGGAAUUGCUUGUAGUUGCACCUGCUAUACCUAAAUGUAUAGCCCUAGGCUCAAUCACACUAUGGAAAGAAAAAAAAAGUAUAUUUAGAGCUUUAAAAGCUUUUUUAUUUUUUUGUGGGGAUAGGGGUGGGGUGGGAAAGGGAUGUAUGGAUGUUAGGAUGUUAUUGGCAUUUUUAAGUGUUUCAGGGUUUUGUUUUGUUGUUAAUGUUCCUGUUUUCCCCCCAUUAAUUGGAUGCACUGACCUUGCCCAGGAAAUGAAGAGAUUCUCUCUUUGAUGCUGUUACCAAUGUUAUCACAAAGUGACAGUCACCUGUAGCAAAAAGGUGGCACCAGACAUGAUCAGUGAUGUUUUAUUUGCACAUGAAUAUUUUUAUUUUUGUAUUCUGGCUCAGCUGCUUCUCUGAGUGGAGUUAAGGGAUGAGCCACAAAGGAUUUUUGUAAAAGGUAUAUUGGCAAUGCAUUUUAUAUUCCUCUAUAUUUAAUUUCGAAAAUCUAAAAGAAGGAUUGUGCAUCUUGAGAGAAAGUUGAGUAAACUUUGAUCUAGUGGAAUGUUAAUUUGUGCUGCUUCUUGUGCACGAUAGCAGCAGUAGUAUCUCUCUUGGAAAUGAACAUCCCAUAUUAUGAUGUCUAUGAAUAUAGGUUUCCUUUUCUUCUCUCCCUCUUUCUUUCUCUCUCCCUUCCACCUUUCUCCUUCCUUCUUGCUCUCCUCCCUCCCCUGUAUCUCCUUCUAUUUCUUUCGUCUCUCUUAGCCCUUCUCCCCUUCCCUUUCUUUACUUUUAUUUUUAUUUUUUGAAAUCACUUAUUGUAAAUAAGUUGUAAUCCAAACCUCAUGUAUCAAUGGGGAACUUUCAAAUAUAAAUAUUAACAAUACAUCUUCUGGUUGUGGUCUGAUUUUUGAAUGAAGUAUAAUGAGAAUGAUAUGUCCAUUGCUUUUAGUUUGAGGAUUUUGCUUCAGUUUCAUAAAUCUUUGGUAUUUUAGUACUUCAUUGUUUUAGCAGGAGAGGGCAGCAAAAGUUCAUUUUCUCUGUUAGUAAUGCUGUUGUUCUUGAUUGGUUUUAAACUUAGUUGUGAGUGUGUAUGUAUUUUUUUUUUUUUUUAAAAAAACAGCAUCUGUUUGUAGGUAGAUGUAAAAAUGAAACAUUUUUGAUAUGAAAAGUUACAUAUGAAAAUUAUAGACUGGUUCAAUCAGACAGUGAAGACUUCUGAUCCACAUCAAAGGGAAAACAAGGCUACAAAAAAAAUUUUCCAGCUCUGGCUAAAACAUGCUACUUUUUUUUCCAAACAUGAUGAAAUGCAAGCUGUCUUUAAACACUUGGAAUUUAAAAUGUUCUUUGGAAAUGAUUUACUUCCUUCAUAGUGGUAAUAGAAACAAAAAACGAAGGUGCUCCCAAAAAGCAAUGUAACUUCCCCUUUCACAGCUGUGUGAGAGGUUCUGUACUGUGGGUGCAUCACAAUAAAGCAGCAGUGAAGAGUU